AUGCAUCUCAAGGUGUUUGCGCCGAUCUUGACAGGGGUUGCCUUUGUCUGCUUCCCCGUGGUGUCUCUGAGUGCUGGUAUUGGGCUUCAACCAGAGCUAUCACUCUCGCUCCUCCAAGCACACCAGAUCCCUCGGCACCCAAUUCAACUGCGGACCCCGCCGACCUUCAACGAGGAAUCCUCGAAGCCAUGGGAUCCUCUGCCUCCGAACUGGUUCUUGGGAAACUGGUUCAUCACCUAUUCCAACCAAGAGCUCUACCACAUCUUUCGGAAUUUCAUCUGGACUCUGACGCGGCCUUGUGCAGAUGACGCCUGCUAUUCGCUCGAGGCCGCACACCUCGCCGACCUGGCGUCUUUCCAGCUCGUGAACGACACGCAGAAACCCAACGCCACUUACUUCGGGUACUCGCUUGACACGGCCAUCGCUGACGGCGGCGACGGUGCCUAUCACAGCGUGCCAACGGGAUCCCUUGCCCCGCAGAACAACACGUACGAGGUCAUCAGCUGGGGUUAUGACUCAGAGGGAGUGGGCUUUGUGGUCGUGUAUGAGACGCCUGCCGCGUCAGAGACGGCGGCGUCGCUGGAUAUCUUCAGCCGGGCACCAUCAGGCCCGACCAACGACACUCUCGACGCCAUCCAAACCGGCAUCCAAAAGCUAGGCAACAAAAAGCUGAUCGAUCUUUUGAAAGACGUGACCAGGACGCCGCAGGACGGAGGCAGGAAGAACGACCCGUGGCCCUCAUGCAAUGCCACUUGCAGAACGAACGAUUAUCAUCUCUACCUGCGCAGAUCCGGACAACAAACUGAAAAGCUAGUUGGGGCACUCUUCCAGCUUUUGGCCAGUCCCGACGCAAAUGAGACAAUUCAGUUCAUCAUCCGCACGAACAUCCGGGUGCUUCGCGAAUUGCAAGGUGUGUGCCAUGACCAAUGCAAAGCGGUGAAGACGAGGGCGUUGAAUGUCAUCCACAUGGAUGGCAAAUACAACGGAGAAAAGAAUAAAGCUCGCGUCCAAAAGUUUGUGGAAGAAUUCUGUGGAGCAGCCGAAGAGCAGAAGAGCUGGGUUCAUAUUCUAGGCUUUGAGAUCGGUGUAUCAGAAAUUGCUCUGAAGCGUCUAGGGAUCGCAAAUGAAGCUGCGGCACUGGUUGAAAAGCAAAAAGCCCAGAAUAUCAGCGAGGAGGAGAUCGAGAACUUGGAAGCUCUGUUCAUCGAGUUUCAAAGCUGGCGAGGUGUGUUGAUCCGUUGGGUGCUGCAGCUGAACAAGAUGACUGGGAACUGCGAUUUCCUGCGCCGCCAUCGGAACGAGCUUUGGGAUAUCGUCGAUCGUGACUUGGAAGGCUGA